UAACGAUUGCGCGUGCCACGUGUUGUGCGACCCGUCCUUUGUUUCGACAUUCAAACGUGACCAUAACAAGAGUGGCCAUCGGAGGGUAGCAGUGAAGUGAUGACUGUUCAGCGCAUCCCUUCAUGAAAAUCGUACGACGAUAUGCUUGUUUAAGUUAAUUUUACAGCCGAUAACGCGUACGUACAAUAGAGCCAGAAUAUUUGAAAUUAUCCAAGUCGAAAAAUCUAAUUAUCGUUAUCGAAUUAAUUUGCACAUUGAUCGGAUUCAAAACGAAUGACAGGUUAUAAAUUACAAGUAAACCAUGGUGGAAAAAUUGCAUGAAUAUCAGGGACCAAUUGGUAUUUUCCAUACAUGGAGAGACGCAUUACGAGAUAAAUGGGAUGAAUGGAAGGAGAAUCGUCCUCGAACGCUUUUAGAUGUCUUGCAAUCACUAGGUUUGGCUGAACGUCCAGAAAAUCGAAGCGAAGAAGAACAUCCUCCAGAAGUGGAUAUGGAGCAGUAUUCUGACAUUUUCAGAAGGAAAACAAGAGGUGAACUCGUACGCAUAUCCGCGGCUGUCAUGGGGAUAGAAUUUUCAUAUGCAGCAGAAACGACGUUUGUAUCGCCAACGCUUUUGAAUAUAGGAGUCACCCAUCAGCACAUGACACUAGUAUGGGCAGUGUCGCCUUGCAUUGGAUUUUUCGUCACGCCCAUUUUGGGAUCUUUAAGUGACAGAUGCACGCUUCCGUUGGGCCGACGUAGGCCAUUUCUCAUAUUGCUGGCUUGUGGAGUGUUCUUAGGGCUGAUAUUGGUGCCAAACGGAAAACUAUUCGGACAUUGGGUGGAAGGCAAUUCAGAGCCUGGAAACAAUUUUUGGGCGUUAUUUUUCACGAUACUGGGCACGGUAUUGUUGGACUUCGACGCGGACGCAUGUCAAAGUCCAGCGAGGGCUUAUCUUCUAGACAUUUGCGUUCCAGAGGACCACGCCAAGGGACUGAGCACUUUCACGAUAAUGGCCGGCUUAGGAGGGUGUAUCGGCUAUCUCUUAGGUGGAAUCGAUUGGGAUUCGUUAAAAUUUGGAGAACUGAUGGGUGGCCACGUAAGAGCGGUGUUUACAUUGGUCACAUUUCUUUUCAUCGGUUGUGUCACUUACACCGUCAGUAGUUUUAAAGAGAUGCCGUUAAAGUUAUUACGGUUGAACCAAACUAGGAUAUUGAUCACGUCGACCGAUGAUGAUUGUGAUAAACUCACAGAACAUGCAACGAAAUCAUAUGGAACUCUAAAAGACGCUGCUAAUGAGAUCCAAAUCGAUAAUGACGAACCCCCUCUGAUACCGGAGCACGUGACAUUCGGCCAUUACUUGAAAACCAUAGUGGUGAUGCCCAAGUCAAUAAAGUUGCUGUGCUUGACGAACUUGUUCUGUUGGAUGGCCCACGUCAGCUAUUCGCUUUAUUUCACGGACUACGUUGGCGAAGCCGUGUUCGGUGGCGAUCCCACGGCGUUGGCGGGAACCGAAAAGAAAAUGCUGUACGACCAAGGCGUACGGUUCGGGUCGAUUGGUAUGGCGAUGUACUCGCUGUCGUGCGCCUGCUACUCCAGCGUCAUCGAGAGACUCAUCAAACGUUUCGGGGCCAGACGCGUGUAUGUCGGAGGUCUGCUUUUCUACUCCACCGGUAUGUUUUUGAUGGCCGUCACUCGACACAAGUUCAGCGUGAUAUUCUUCUCCUGGUCGGCCGGUGUGAUGUACUCCACGAUGUUCACGAUGCCGUACCUGCUGAUCGCCCACUACCAUUCCACCAACACGUUCGUCGAAAACACCCGCGAUCAAGAGUCAAACGACCAAGUUAGAGGACUGGGCACGGACGUCGCUGUGGUCAGCUCCAUGGUGUUCGUGGCUCAAUUCAUUCUGUCCAUGUGCAUGGGCACGAUUGUCAGCGUGUCCGGGACGACAUCGGCUGUCGUUUACACGGCUUCGUUUUUGGCUUUCUGUGCUUCAAUAGUCGCCACGCAAAUUGUGUAUUUAGACCUAUGA